CCAGAUUUGGUUUAUCAGGCUAUGGAGAAAGUCAAGUUAAUAUAGGAGCGUUUGAAAACGGCUCAGAGUCGCCAGAAGUCUUAUACAAAUGUGAGGCGAAGGGACUUAGAAUUUUCAGUUGAUAAUUGGGUAUUCCUUAAAGUCUCACCCAUGAAAGGUGUUAUGAGAUUUGGCAAGAAAGGGAAGCUCAGUCCCAGAUAUAUUGGACCUUAUAGAAUUCUGCGAAAGGUCGGUCUAGUAGCCUAUGAACUUGAGUUGCCACAAGAUUUGACUGCUGUACAUCCCGUGUUUCAUGUGUCCAUGUUGAGGAAGUGUGUAAGAGACCCGUCGUUGAUUGUUCCUGCUGAUACUAUAACAGUUAAGGAUGGGUUGACUUAUGAGGAGAUCCCCGUAGCCAUUCUUGACCGUCAGGUUCGCAAGUUGAGAACUAAGGAAGUAGCCUCAGUGAAAGUCCUGUGGAGGAGCCAGAAGGUUGAGGAAGCUACAUGGGAAGCCGAGGAGGAUAUGAAAUCCAAGUACCCAUUUUUGUUUGAACAGCAAGCGGAGAACUCUCAAGGUAACUUUCUAUAACCCAUGUCAUGUUAUGUCUCAUGUUUCACGCUCAUGUCAUGUAUCCAGCGCUCAUGUUU